GAAAGUCCACAAUAUUAGUACUGCAGAGAGCAUUUAACAAUGCAUGUCAUUAUUUUGAUUGUGAUAAGCCUCGCUGUGUGGGGCUAUUUUAUACAUGCCUCCAGAAAAUCCAGACGGGAUGCAGUCAAAAAUAUAGAUGGGCCCUAUAAUAUUCCAUUGCUGGGACCAUUGCAUUGGGCUUAUGGAGUUACUCCUCAAAACAUCUUUAGAAAAGCCCUCGAGACCAAAGAGAAAUAUGGCUGCUUAAUAAAAGUUUGGAUUCUAAAUCGUUUGGUGGUCAUAAGUGCGGAUCCGGAAAUGAACGAACAGCUAUUGUCGAGUAUUCAACAUAUUGGCAAACAUCAGUUGUAUGGUGUCCUACAUCAAUGGCUGGGCACUGGUCUACUCACCAGUAAUGGUCAAAAAUGGCAUAGCCGUCGUAAAAUUAUAACACCCACAUUUCAUUUUAAAAUAUUGGAGCAAUUCGUUGAGGUAUUUCAUCAGCAGUCGGCGGUUUUGGUCCAAUGUUUGGCCUCACAAGCUGAUGGCAAGAGUGCCUUUGAUAUCUAUCCCCAUGUAUGUUCGGCCACAUUGGAUAUUAUAGCAGAAACCGCUAUGGGUACAAAAGUCAAGGCACAAACGAAUGGAACUAUGGACUAUACAGCAGCAGUGGAUGAAAUGACCAAAGUUACGGCAUGGCGCUUCUUUAACACGCAUUUACACAGCGACAUAAUAUUCACCAUACUUCAUCCCUUUAAGAAGAUGCGAAUGAUGAAAAAUCUGCGCAUUAUGCACGAAUUUACUCGCAAAGUCAUCAAAGAAAGGCGUCAAACAUUAGAACAAAGUCUGGCAGAAAAUUCUUUGGAAACUGUACAAAAUGAGCACAAUGAUGUAGGCUCCAAAAGGCGAAUGGCUCUAUUGGAUGUGCUGCUGCAGUCGUCUAUCAAUGGACAACCAUUAUCGGAUGAUGACAUACGUGAAGAAGUCGAUACAUUUAUGUUCGAGGGUCAUGAUACAACAGCUACUGCUUUAGCAUUUACCCUAUACCUUUUGGCCAGACAUCCUAGGGUGCAAAACAAACUUUUGGCGGAAAUUCAUGAAGCCUGUGGGGCAGACAAUUCCAGACCUUGCACAAUAAUGAGUUUAAAUGAAAUGAAAUAUCUGGAAUGUGUAAUCAAGGAGUCAUUGCGUCUAUAUCCGCCGGUACCAAUGAUAGCCCGUCAAAUUGAGGAGGACUUUAAAUACAAGCACUCAACUUAUGGGGAAGGCAUUAUCCCAGCUGGUACAGAAAUGGCAAUUAUCUUGUUUGCCAUGUCCGAGAAUAGCCCGAUUUUUAAAAAUCCUGCCGAGUUUCUACCAGAACGACAUGAGGAGAUGAAUGCCGGAACCAGCUUUCAUUAUAUCCCCUUCAGUGCUGGUCCCAGAAAUUGUAUUGGUCAAAAAUUUGCCAUGCUUGAAUUAAAGGUCGUAUUGAUACACAUUAUACAAGCCUAUGAACUUUUACCAUUGGGACAGAGUGUUGAGCCAAUGUUGGGACUGGUGCUACGAUCUCAAACUGGCAUGCAGUUGGGCAUGAAGAAAAGAACAAAUUAGUAAAGGAUCCAGUUGAGCGUUUCAGUCUUGUGGACCACCUAAGCCUGAUUUAUCAGAUUAUGAUCUUCAAUAGAAAAAAACACACACACAUACAUGAUUUUAAAUCAAUAUGAUGCUUCAAUAAAGAGAAAUAAACAUUGUCUACAGCAA